AUGGAUAAUUCGUCAUCAAACAUUAAUAAAAUAACCUCACUAGAAAAUCUUAUUGAUAUGAAAUUUAAUAAAUAUUCUGGUGUAGGUGAUGCCAAAGUUUGGUUGUUACAGACAAUGAAUCAAUUUAGACAGUGUGGAUUACGUCGUAUGGAACAAUUUCAAUCCAUACCAUUUUUAUUAAUUGAUGAAGCUUACUUCUGGUAUAUCAGACAUAUUGCUUUGAUCGGCAAUUUUGAAUCUUUUAGUAAAUUAUUUCUUCAACAAUAUUUAUCUACAUCAUCAUUAGAACAGAAUAUUAUUCCUGCUGAGAUGGAUACACCAUCAACUGAUAUUUCUAGCUUCUCAUCUACAUCACAUUUACAACACACCAUUGCUGAUGAAAUUAUUAAAAAACCAACAUUUUCCCGUGGUUCAAAAGAUGAUGUUCAUGAAUGGUUAGAAAAAUUGGAGCAACGUUUUCAAAUGGCAAAAUGGAAUGAUGAACAAAAAUUACAGUACAUUUCAAUUCAUUUACAAGAAGAUGCAUAUCGAUGGUGGACACAAACAUCUACGACGAUUAAAACAUGGUCAGCAUUUACCGAAGUUGUUAAAAAAGCUUUUGGAUCAACAAAAGUACAAGAAUUAGCAUUUGAACAAUUAAAAUGGUACAAACAAACAAUUAGUCAAUCUAUUACACAAUAUUAUGAUAAAAUUAUAGAAUUAUGUAAGAAAGUUGAUCCUAUUAUGCCUGAUUCAUUAAAAUUAAAAUAUUUAAUGGCUGGUAUAAAAGAAUCAUUAAAACUAUAUGUUGCUCUACAGGAUCCAAAAACAACAGAUACUUUUUUAUCGAUCGCUCGAAAAGUUGAAGAUACAUUAACAUUAACCAGUACAAAUAAUGAAGUGCAACCAAAUAAUAUUAAUAUCAAUGCUGCUACAUUUCAAUACCCAUCAGCACAACCAAAUAUUUCACAGAAAUCAAUUAAUCAAAUUCGUCAUGAUACUCAUCAAUAUUCACAGCCACAACCACAUCAUCAAAAUCAUCAACAUAAUACACAAAAUUGGAAUCAAAGAAAAAUUCGGAAUCAUGAUCCUGCAAGAUAUCCACAAUAUGCACAGCGAUCAAACAAUUGUUAUAAUUGUGGUACUCCUGGACAUUAUGCUCGGGAUUGUACCCGUACCCAUUUCGGGUUAAGGAAGUAA